CAUUGCUCCCUCGAUGCUCAGCCUGACGCGUAACCUGCGUCUUUAAUCAUUCAGAACUGCUCCAAACGACUCCCUGACAACUAUCCAGACAUCAUGGCUGUUUCCUUCAGUGACCAGCAGAUCGCCGAGUUCAGGCAAGCCUUCUCCCUUUUUGACUCAAAUGGGGAUGGCCAGGUCACAGCCAAGGAUAUCGGCACCGUUAUGCGCUCCUUGGGUCAAAAUCUCUCCGACGCCGAGUUGCAAGACAUGGUCAACGAGAUCGAUGUCGACAAGAACGGCACCAUUGACUUUUUCGAAUUCCUAGCUAUCAUGUCGAAGAAAAGAAAUAUCAACGAUAUUCAAGAAGGCCUCCUUGAUGCAUUCAAAGUAUUCGAUAAAGACGGCAGCGGCACCAUUUCCCGCGACGAAAUUCGCCAAGUCAUGCUCUCUCUUGGCGAAAGGCUCACCGAAGAAGAAAUCAACGAGAUGCUUAAAGUAGCUGACAAAGAUGGAAACGGCACGAUAGACUACAACGAAUUUGUGCACAUCAUGACAGACCUGUCCAAGUAACGACAUUGAUACCCGUGGGGCUAGAUACCUGGCUCUAUAUAUUUAUUUACUCGUCU